CGACUCAUUUUUUGAGAAAAUUGGUGACCAAGCUUGGGAUUUUCUCCUUCUCUUCUUGUUCUUGAACCCAGAAAUCCCCCCCUCUGCUGGAAAUUCCAGAUAUGCUCUGCUCUUCUCCCCUGUCCGCCGGCUGCUAUGUGGGUUUGAAUUUCUGGGCAUUUUUCGGUCCGUGAGUUUCUUGCAGCUUGCCGCCGGCUCCUUCUUCCCCUGCUAGCUCCGGUUCUUGCUGGAAAAUUCUGGUUUUGAUCAUUCUGUCACCGUAGCACUUGGGUUAGCCUUCUGUCCUGUGCGAGUGAGGAAACGAAACCGAGGACGGGGAAAUCAAGGGGAGUGACGAGUUAGAAGGCUAGCCAUUUUGUAAAGUGAAUAUAGAUUUGAGAUAUAGAUCAUGAUCUUGUAAACAAAAGUUUAAUUGGAGAUUUUAUAAAUUCAGUUAAUGGAUUUUUCGAGCCUUGUGCAUUUGUGGGACCCGUCUCACGAGUGCACGGCGUCUGUCACGCCUCGGAUUCGGGUUCUGGGGCGUGACAGGGAUUUUGUAGAAUUACAACUUGACAAAAUAUGAAAUAUGUGGUGAUGGAAUUAAAAAUGUCCAUCAUUUGUUCCAACUGUCAAGUCGGCUAUACCUUAUAGAGAAAGUAUUUGAAGUAGCGAGGGGUUUGUGUUCAAUAAUUGUCAGGGAGUUUU